AUGUGGCUGGCUCGCGGCGUACAGUCCGCUAUAUUCUACUAUGCCACAUGCACUCCCUGUGCCGAAGCCGAAAAUCGUCGUCGCCGUAAGAAGGACGCCCUUCGGGCUCAGCGGGAACAGGCAAAGUCCUCGGUGAUUGUGACCGAUCAACCUCACCUAUUUCCUCAGCCGACGCCUUUUAGUACAAAUGCAGGAUGGAUGGAGGAGAUUGCCUUAGGGCCCGGUCCGCCAGCUCGUCGGCACCGAUCGAAGAAUUGCCCGGGUGAUGGAUUGCCAAGGUUGUCGUCUACGUCGAGUAUGACAGUUGAGGGGUCAGUGCUGUCAGGUGGGAAGGAGAAAGCAACCCUGAGUGACAAAUUUCAUUGGUCGCGCUUCCAGCGAGAGGAUGAGGUACUUUGGGGUGAGGAGGAGCAGGAAGAUACCAUCCAGGGCUCAUCCGUGGGUAUCUCCGGUCGUGCUAGGGCCGGGACUGGUCAUUCAAAUAAAUACUAUAUUGCAAGAGCACCACCCGUCAAUGAUUUGCACCCGCCCAUAGUGAGCGGUCCGACGAGUCGGGCAGAGACACGAUGGAUGCUUCAGCCGCCUCCUAGCGCCAAGGUCAUGGCCGGGAAAGCCAGACAUGAUGUUAUGCGUGAAAGUCGAGAUCCGAGCAUACGAAGAAGAAGUCGCAUUGACAUGAAGAUCAAGGAGUCAGAGGAAGAGGAAGAGAUGAUCCAGGAGGGACAGUUGAGUCCCAUUACAGAUCGACCUGGGUGGUUGAUCAACAAGGCGACCAAUUCGUACCGUCGGACUUUCGACAAUUACAAGAAGCACCGACCUCCAAUGCUAGAGAUUGACACGCCAUUGUCGUCACCGGAGACAGGUGACGGAGACCGCGACAAUUUACAAGCACCGCCCAAAGCAGCAACUACAGUAGAGACACCACGAUCGACAUCCAUGACGAACGUACGUGCAUACGACGAGUGGCAUCUCCAGUUAUCCCCAUCCUUCCAUUCCAGGUCCAAUUCGCCAUCGAGCAUGGGGUCGCCGGACGACUCGCUCCAUUGGCCGGACACACCGUAUUCGCGGCCUGACUCCAAACGCACAGCAGCAGAUGGCGGCAAGGGGUUUCAUCCGUCGUAUCUCAACCUAGCGGUUUCGUCUCGAGAAGUAGACAAAAGCAUUGAAGCUAUACAUCUUGAAGUGAACGAGCCGCGAUCGAGAGAACAGAUGCAGCCAUUGAAAUGGCGAUGGAGUUUUGACAUCUAG